AUGGAGGUGGUGGACCCGCAGCAGCUGGGCAUGUUCACGGAGGGCGAGCUGAUGUCGGUGGGUAUGGACACGUUCAUCCACCGCAUCGACUCCACCGAGGUCAUCUACCAGCCGCGCCGCAAGCGGGCCAAGCUCAUCGGCAAGUACCUGAUGGGGGACCUGCUGGGGGAAGGCUCUUACGGCAAGGUGAAGGAGGUGCUGGACUCGGAGACGCUGUGCAGGAGGGCCGUCAAGAUCCUCAAGAAGAAGAAGUUGCGAAGGAUCCCCAACGGGGAGGCCAACGUGAAGAAGGAGAUUCAACUACUGAGGAGGUUACGGCACAAAAAUGUCAUCCAGCUGGUGGAUGUAUUAUACAACGAAGAGAAGCAGAAAAUGUAUAUGGUGAUGGAGUACUGCGUGUGCGGCAUGCAGGAAAUGCUGGACAGCGUGCCGGAGAAGCGUUUCCCGGUGUGCCAGGCCCACGGGUACUUCUGUCAGCUGAUUGACGGCCUGGAGUACCUGCACAGCCAGGGCAUUGUGCACAAGGACAUCAAGCCCGGGAACCUGCUGCUCACCACCGGGGGCACCCUCAAAAUCUCGGACCUGGGCGUGGCCGAGGCACUGCACCCGUUCGCGGUGGAUGACACCUGCCGGACCAGCCAGGGCUCCCCGGCUUUCCAGCCGCCCGAGAUUGCCAACGGCCUGGACACCUUCUCCGGCUUCAAGGUGGACAUCUGGUCGGCUGGGGUCACCCUCUACAACAUCACCACGGGUCUGUACCCCUUCGAAGGGGACAACAUCUACAAGUUGUUUGAGAACAUCGGGAAGGGGAGCUACGCCAUCCCGGGCGACUGUGGCCCCCCGCUCUCUGACCUGCUGAAAGGGAUGCUUGAGUAUGAGCCGGCCAAGAGGUUCUCCAUCCGGCAGAUCCGGCAGCACAGCUGGUUCAGGAAGAAACAUCCUCCAGCUGAGGCACCAGUGCCCAUCCCACCAAGCCCAGACACCAAGGACCGGUGGCGCAGCAUGACUGUGGUGCCGUACUUGGAGGACCUGCACGGCGCGGACGAGGACGAGGACCUCUUCGACAUCGAGGAUGACAUCAUCUACACUCAGGACUUCACGGUGCCCGGACAGGUCCCAGAAGAGGAGGCCAGUCAGAAUGGACAGAGCCGGGGCCUCCCCAAGGCCGUGUGUAUGAACGGCACAGAGGCGGCGCAGCUGAGCACCAAAUCCAAGGCGGAGGGCCGGGCCCCCAACCCUGCCCGCAAGGCCUGCUCCGCCAGCAGCAAGAUCCGCCGGCUGUCGGCCUGCAAGCAGCAGUGAGGGUGGCCGCCUGCAGGUGGGGCGAGGCGGGGCCCGGGGGGGGGGGGGGGGCAUGUGGGGACAACAUGGAUGCUACAGCCAGCCGUGAGCAUAGCCUGCGCCAGUCAUGGUGACUGUCACAUGGCUGCGUGUAGUUGCCAUGUGGCCUUUGGGUGGCUUGGCCACUUAGCAAUCCCCAUUGAGGGUGCUGUCUCAGGGCCUGGUGUCUGGCCGGCGUGCUGAUCACGGAGGCCUACGUGUGGCGGGGCUCUUGGGGGGCGUGCCAUCCUCACAGCCACCUCUCAGAGUGGGUGCAUUCCACGGACCCUGCCCUGGGCCUGGCGCCCCCUCCCCAUGCCCGGACUGCUCCCAGGAAAGGCUUAUGCUGGGCUCAGCCCAGAGGGUUUUGAGCACCAGUGGGUGGUGGGUGGUGGGGAGGGGCCGCAGCCUCCAUGGCCCUGCCGGGGUGCCCCAGGCUCUGAGGCAGCUGCCAAGUAUGGUUGAGGUUGAGUCGCGCCAGACGCUGCCCUGUCUCUCCCUGUGCGCCUGCCUCCUCUCCCAGCCCCAGCCGCAGCCCCAGGUCGGAGACGGAGCCCCAGAGGUGUCAGAGACCCUUGUCACCUGCCGAGGAUGCGGGGUGGAUGGGGGCCCGAGGCAGAAGCCCUUGCCUUGCCACAGUUCCUCUCCCAGGUUUUGUGGGCCACCGCCUGAGUUACAUGUCUGUCCCCCAAAUGGGUGCCCACAGCCCAUCCACCAGCAUCAGAGCCCGCCAGGCCCCACUGCAAAAGGCCACACUUAAUGUACCCCCGGAGUGACUCAAGGGUGGCGUUCCUGGCCUUCCCUGCUGCCCCCCAGGAGUCCGGUAGGCCCAUGACUGCACCUCAGCUUCUCCAUCCUCCCAGGGGCCCGCGGGAGGCGGAGAACCGGUGCCCAGGCUGACCUCUUCCGUCCUCCUUGCACCCUGCAGCCCGUGUCCAGGAGCCCCGCCAGGUGCCCGCGCUAGGCCCUCCUCAGUCUUCCUGCCGGUCCCGCCCGCCCUCCCGGAGAGGUGGCCGCCAUGCUUCUGUGCCGACCACGCCCCAGGACCUCCGGAGCACCCUGCAGGGCCGGGCAGGGGGACAGCAGGGACCGGGCGCAGCCCUCCCCUCGGCCGCCCGGCAGUGCACGCGGCUUGUUGACUUUGCAGCCCCGGGCGGAGCCUUCUCGGGCGGGCGUGGGAGGAGGGAGGCGGCCUCGAUGCACUUUAUGUGGAGACUACUGGCCCCGCCCGUGGCCUCGUGCUCCGCAGGGCGCCCAGCGCCGUCCGGCGGCCCCGCCGCAGACCAGCUGGCGGGUGUGGAGACCAGGCUCCUGACCCCGCCAUGCAUGCAGCACCACCUGGAAGCCGCGCGGCCGCUUUGGUUUUUUGUUUGGUUGGUUCCAUUUUCCUUUUUUUUUUUUUUUUUAAGAAAAAAUAAAAGGUGGAUUUGAGCUGUGGCUGUGAGGGGUGUUUGGGAGCUGCUGGGUGGCAGGGGGCUGUGGGGUCGGUCUCACGUCGCAGCCGCCUUUGCGCUCUCGGGUCACCCCGCUUUGGCGGCCCGGCCGGAGGGCAGGACCCUCACCUCUUCCCCCAAGGCCACUGCGCCCUUGGGACCCCAGAGAAAACCCGGAGCAAGCUGGAGUGUGCAGUCAAUAUUUAUAUCAUCCAGAAAAGAAAAACACGAGAAACGCCAUCGCGGGAUGGUGCAGACGCGGCGGGGACUUGGAGGGUGCCGUGCGGGCGAGGCCGCCCAAAUUUGGCAAUAAAUAAAGCUUGGGAAGCUUG